UCUCCUCCUUCCCGCCACUUGCGGCGCGCCAUUCUCCCGCCAUGGCUAGGAGCCGGGUGUUUAGCCAUGUCGCGAGGCGGCUGGCGCUUGGCUUUACAGAUCCCCACAGGCUGUCCGCGCCGCCGUCGUUCCCACAGUUAGCUCCUCGGGCCAGAUCGGCGACAUUGGUAACGCCUAUUUCUCAUUUCGCCAACGACUCGCACACAUCUAAACUGCACACUCACUCUUCGCCCGUUCCCCCUAUCGUCUAUCACAAAUACGCAACCUCCACCUCGAUACUGUCACAAAAUGCAUCAACUCGCUUCCAACCACCGUCACUAUCACACCCUCCCUUAUCUCGCGGAUUCGCCGGCAUACUAGUCGAGCUGGGCCUGCUCCCUCCCCCUCCUGAUCUCUCCGACGAGGAAAACCGGAAAAAGGAGGUGAUUAAAGCCGUCCUUAGGCCCGGGUCGGGCAAGAUCCAGGCUAAGAAGGAGCGGCGGCUCGGGAGAAUACCGAGCAUCGUUUUCGAGCAGGAGGGCGGCCAUCUGGGCGGCCGGAAACGGCUGGUGUCCGUCGAUCGGAAGCAGAUCGGACGACUGGUGAGGAAGUUCGGGCGGCCGUUCUUCGUGUCGCAGGUGUUCGACCUCGAGAUCGCCGCGGAUGGCGCGGAGGGAGCGGAGGGGGAGGCGGAACGAGCGGAGGGGGGAGCGGAAGGAACAGCGGUAGAUGUUGUCCGGAUGAGAGUGAUUCCGAAGCUGAUUCACUGGCAUGGCGGCACCGACGAGAUUCUCAACGUGACUUUUCUCCGGCUGCCCGAGAACGAGAGCUCACGAGUUAAAGUGCCCGUGCCGCUUGUGUUUGUAGGGGAGGAUUCCUGCCCGGGCAUAAAAAAGGGUGGUUGGCUCUACACCAUGCGCCGCACUCUCCCCUUCUCUUGUCCCCCUUCCGCCAUCCCCCCUUUCCUGGAGGUCGAUCUCUCGUCGCUCGACGUGGGCCACAAGAUCACCCUUGCUGACGUGGCAAGGCAGGUGGAUCCACGGCUCAGAUUGCUCCUGGCUGACGUGUCGCACCCUGUCUGCAAGAUAGCUGGCAGCAGGUCAUUGGCCAAGGAAGCAUCGGCUGCUGCAUAGAGGCAGUGAAGGAUAGAACACAAGCACACACAACACAACACACGCAAUGCGUCUUUUAGAAGUGUAAAACACUGACAGCAAAAUCAUAGGACAAGGAUGUUAGAAUGAGAGACUGAACUAGAAUGGGAGAGUACAAGGCAAUAUAACCUAGAAGCUGUACCCUCUAAGACACAAACCUAUACAGUCUAUACAAACAUAACAA